AUGUCGGCCCCCAAGGGCACGCUGAACGUCGAGCGCCGCGGGUGGGACAAGGACAAGUACGAGCAGCGCGCGAAGGACCGCGAGGAGUACGGCGACGAGUACGUCGACGGCAAGGGCGCCGAGGCGGAGAUCCGGGACCGGCAGGAUUGGCUGACGCACCGCACGGGCGGCUUCGGCUUCGACAAGUCCGCCGGGUGCACGAAGGUGCUCACGGAGCCAGAGGUGCAGAAGAAGGCGACGGGCUGGUACUGCGACGUCUGCGAGUGCCUGCUGCGCGACAGCGCGUCGUACCUGGACCACAUCAACGGCAAGAAGCACCAGCGGAAGCUGGGCUACUCCAUGCGCGUCGAGCGCGUCGGCGUCGACGCGGUCCGCGACCGCUUCGCGGACCAGACCGAGAAGCGCGCGGCGGCGGCGGCGGCCGUCGAGCGCCACAAGACGCUCGACGUCGGCGAGGAGUACGAGCGGCGCCUCCAGCAGCGCGACGAGGACGACGCCGCGGAGAAGGCCGCGCGGCGCGAGGCGAAGCGCCAGCGCAAGGAGGAGCGGGCCGCGGCGGACCAGGCCGAGGACCCGGACUUCGACGCGGAGAUGAACGCCAUGAUGGGCUUCGGCGGCUUCGGCAGCUCCAAGAAGCAACGAUAG